AUGAACGUGGUUGAGCAAGUACAACGUGACAACAUCGACCUUCUCACGCCCUUGACAGCUGCAGUAGCAGGUGCUGCCAUCUCGUAUACUCAAGUUGGCGCUAAAUUUAAUCACUCUAACUAUGCUCGUCAAACGUGUGUGGAUAUUGAACAGCAAAUAAACCAACAAUGGGAGACAAGGUGUGCCAAAAAUUCACGUUUAUAUAAUGCACAAAAGUUUCGAUUUGCAGGGUGGGAAAUCACGGGCGGGAAGUGGAUACUGAAUAUAGGACUAACAUGUUACAAGGAUCUGUCUGGCACAAACCUUGCACCAAAUUUUCGAUUAAUUCAGGAGAAAGGUGCAAAGGACUUCGGAGAUCUUCAGGCAUAUAUGUCAGACACAUUGGGUGUGGGGGUACUGCUGAUGACCAAAGACGGACACCUGGUAGUGACGCGUCGGGCCGGGUGGACGGGCGAGUACCCCGGAGCCCUGGACAGACCAGGAGGCCACCCGGAGCCUGGAAGGGUCUUCACGUCUGGCGGAUCACUGAAACCUGAAGACGACAACUGGGAAGUUGAUGAUGCUGUAUUGGAUGAGGUGUGGAGCUCAGCGGCCCAGGAGGUGGAGGACGAGCUUGGGGUUGCCAGAAGCCAAAUGAGUGACCUCACCUUGAUGGGGAUGGACCUCAACAGGGAGGCCGGGGGGAGGCCUUCCCUCGAGUUCUUCACAAAGUUGGAGCUAAGCAGCAGUGAGAUGACAGAGGUGUACAGCAGAGGCUGCCAGGCUGAAGUGGAUGAGACUAUAGCCAUCCACCUCCUGCCCCCACCCACACUGAUCCAUCUCCACCAUCUCCUCCAUCCACCUCCAUCCCCAGAGGUCCAGGUUUCACCAGAGUCAGCCAGCAGAUCAGAAGGUGUGAGGGGUGAGAAAAGUGAGGUGAGAGAAGAGGAAAUUACAAUGAUUGUGAGUGAGAGUCUGGUGAGGGAUGAGGAGAGUGAAAUCAGACAAGGUGUAACCGAGAUGCAAGUGGGAGAAAAUGAGAGGAAACACCUACAAGAGGCACGAUGGGUGGUAAGGGAGGCCACGCCAGCACUGAGGGGCGCCCUUCUUCUGGGAUUCCACCACUGCCUUCUACCUAAAUCACCACGUGCUAAGUGUGUGUGUAUGUAAAAAGAUUUAAAUUAUAGCUAAACAUAGGACACUGCAGCCUGGGUCCUUGUGAUAGAAAGUCAUUACAGGUAUCAUAAUUAAAAAUAGGACAGGGUUGAGAACGUUGUUCAAAUGGUGUUCGAUUUAAUGUAAAAUCUUGAGAUUUUGAUAGUAAAUUUCCUGUCAAUGAAAAUAUUUAGAAUGAAGUUGGGUAAAUGCCCUCUUAAACAUAAGGUGCAUAAAUUUGUCAAAAGAAUAUCUAGCAAAAAAUUUAACACACAUUGUACAUGAAUUAAUUUCCCUAAAUCUGGAAGAAUUACAUUUCCAUAUUAUUCAGAGCAUAUUUUAUCAAUCAAGGUAAACAAAAUUUGAAUGAGUUACUUGGUGAGCAAGGUGACUAUACCUGAACCAUGAGUGGUGUCUGGCUGCCUCUCAGCCCCUGAGUGUUAAUAAGUGAUGACUAUUGCUAUGACAGUUGAAAGCCAGUUUUCUUAUGAAAUAUGAAAAUAAGCCUACUGAUUCAAAGAGCUGACAGAGAAUAUAUUAUAUUGUAGUUUGAGGAAUAUAAAUGAAGAGGUGAACAAGUGAAUACACUCAAGACACCUGAUCCUGUGACCAUUCCUGCUGUGAUGGGCAAGAAUGUAAUGUAUUUUUACUCAACAAAAGUUUUCGAGUGAUGCAAACAUAUAUAUACAGUAGCAUCUUUUCUACCUGCUUUGCUUGCUACAAUUCCAGCUAACAAAAAUUCCAAGAAAUAGGGAAAAAAUAUAAAAAAAGCAAUUGCAUUAUGGUCAAAUAUUUAUUAACAGGACAAUCUUUAUAAUUUGACAGUAACUGUGUACUUCAAUUCUGAAAAAAAAGUAUAAUUGUAUAUAACUGCCAUACCAGAAGUUCAGCUGGAAGUGUAGAUCAUGGCUUGGUACCCUCAAAAAGUCACAAAAUGAGACUCAAUUUUUUUUUAAUUUAAAACAUGGCAGCAAGUAACAUAAAUAAAAACUCCACACAACAAGAAAUCCCUAAUGUCGACUCUUUUUCUUGUGCUUUCGGGGAGGAGAACUGGUGUGUGAUCUUCGUUUUCUUGGAGACCGUGACCUGUGUCUUCUUGAACUUGGAGAUCUUGAGUGAGUGCGGUGAUGAGACCUUUGAAAGAUUUCGAGCAUAUAUGAAUUCAUCACAUUAUUAACUUAUGUUUCAUACACUCCUGUUAUCUCAUUCUAAUCACCAAAUAAAGCUUUAAAUAUUCAUGCAAAGAAAA